AUGAAUAUAAGAGCAGCAGCCUUUGCUGCUGCUAUUUGCACUGCAUGCAGCAGCAGAAGACGCAGCAGCAAGCCGCAGCAGCAGCAACUACAGCAGCAGGGGCCCAAGAGCAGCCUGCGCAUAUUCGCCUUCAACUUUAUAGAUCUUCUAAGGCCACCUGCUGCUGCUGCUGCUGCUGCUGCUAGGAGACAGCAGCAGCAGCAGCAGCAGCAGCCUAUCGAAGCCCCGCGGGUUUUGUGUCUGUCUGCUCUUAACAGGAGACCCCAGCAGCAGCACCAGCAGCAGCAGCAGCAGGAUAAGCCACAGCAAAAGGUCUGUAAGGAGCAGCAAGAGCACAGCAGCAGCAACAGUGCAGCAGCAGCAGCUGCUGCUGCAUCAGCAGCAAGAGGAGCUGAGGGGUGCUCCUGCAGCAGAAUUACAAGCAUAGAGGAGAUGGAUUUGCAGCAGGUUUGCGUUAGCAGCGCAAUUAGCGGCAGCCUCGUAGCCUUACUUUGUACUCCCUUUGAUGUUGUGAAGAACUACUGGCAGUAUACAUCUGUUGCUGCUGCUGCUACUCCUGCUGCUGCUGCUGCUGCUGCUGCUACUCCUGCUGCUGCUGCUGCUGCUGCUCAUGCUGCUGCUGCUGCUGCUGGCCCUGCUGGGGCGGCGACACCCGGCAGCAGCAGCAGCACGACCAGCCGCAGCCCCAGUACCAACAGCAGCAGCCCCAGCAGCAGCAGCAGCAGCAGCAGCAGCAGCAGCAGCAGCAGGGGGAGGGUGACGAGUCUCGGAGUUGCUGCUCGUUUAUAUAAUCUUAAGGGCCCCUUUGUGUUUUGGCGGGGUGUGGGGCCGGCAAUGGGGGUGCUGAUCCCUGCAAAUAUAAUUUUCUUUGUUUUGUUUGAGAGAAGAGAGCCCGAAGGCUCUGCUGCUGCUGCUGCUGCUGCAGGAGUUGCUGCUCGCACUGUUGCUGUUCUCUUCACAGCCCCUAUGGAGCUCGUUCGAACCCAGCUGCAGGCCCGCUGCUGCACCCCCAGCAGCAGCAGCAGCAGCAGCAGCAGCAGCAGCAGGGGAUGGUGGAGGAGGAGUGCUGCUUUAUCUUUGAUGCAGGAGACAGUAAAAGUAGAAGGGCUUCGCGGUUUGUUUAAGGGGGUCUUACCUACUAUUAUCAGAGAUGCACCUUUCUCUGCUUUGUACUGGCCGCUUACUGAAGUCAGCAGCAAAACCCUCACCUCCUUGCUGUCUACCUCUCCUACCAGCAGCAGCAGCAGCAGCAGCAGCAGCAGCAGCAGCAGCAGCAGCAACAGCAGCAGCCGCAGCGCCGCACAGGAAUUCCGCGAUAGGGCCUUAGUCCCCUUUCUUUCUGGGGCUUUCUCUGCUGCAGUUGCAUGCAUUCUUACGCACCCAUUUGAUGUUAUUAAAACUAAAAUGCAAGCAGCAGGAAUAACUUACAAACAUCAAACACAGGGGGGCCCCCCAUACGGGGGCCCCCCUUUUGGGGGCCCCUCUAAUGGGGGCCCCCCGUUUGGGGGCCCCUCAAAUGGGGGUACCACCCCUUUUGGGGGCCCCCCUAAUAGGGGUACCCCCUUUGGGGGCCCCUUUAAUGGGGGCCCCCCUUCAGGUAGGGGGCCCCUGGGUGGGGGCCCCCCUUUGGGGGGCCCCUCAAAUGGGGGCCCCCUUAAUGGGGGCCCCCCUAAUAGGGGUACCCCCUUUGGGGGCCCCCUUAAUGGGGGCCCCCUGUCAGAUUAA